AUGGACCCUCCGCCAGGUAUCCUUGUAACCUCUAAGGAGGGUAUGGUGUGCAAACUACAGAAAUCCUUAUAUGGAUUAAAGCAGUCUCCAAGAGCUUGGUUUGGGAGGUUUGCUGCAUCUAUGAGGAAGUCUGGGUAUGUACAAAGUAAUUCGGAUCAUACUUUGUUUCUGAAGCGUCGGAAAGGUGACUUGAAGUACUUUCUCGGGAUUGAAGUGGCUAGAUCUAAGCAUGAAACUGGAAUGUUGGAUUGUAAACCAAUUGAUACUCCUAGUGAACAUAAUCACAAGUUGGGGUUAUAUCCUGAUCAAGUUCCUACUAAUAAGGAGCGCUAUCAACGGCUUGUGGGGAAAUUAAUUUAUUUAGCUCAUACACGUCCUGACAUUGCGUAUGCAGUAAGUGUGGUGAGUCAGUUUAUGCACGCACCUAGUGAAGAUCAUAUGGCAGCUGUGACGUGUGUUUUGAGAUAUCUCAAAGUAACUCCUGGAAAAGGGUUAAUGUUUUCCAAGUAUGGUCAUACAGAUGUGGAAGGAUACACCGAUGCUGAUUGGGCAGGUUCGGCUACUGAUAGACGUUCUACGUCUGGGUAUUUUACGUUUGUUGGUGGUAAUCUUGUUACUUGGAGAAGCAAGAAACAAAAGGUGGUGUCUCGAUCUAGUGCUGAGGCCGAGUAUCGUGGAAUGGCCCAUGGUGUAUGUGAGUUACUGUGGUUGAGGAGAUUAUUGAGAGAUCUUGGCUUUGGGCCUAAGAAACCUAUGGAUAUAUAUUGCGAUAAUAAGGCUGCGAUUGCAAUUGCUCAUAACCCUGUACAACAUGAUCGUACAAAGCAUGUGGAGGUUGAUCGAAAUUUCAUUAAAGAAAAGUUGGAUGCGGAGAUUGUUUCCUUCCCAUUCAUCAGUUCUGAGUAUCAGUUAGCAGAUGUCCUUACGAAGGCUGUUUCUACUAGUAUUUUCCACAACUCGCUUGACAAGUUGGGCAUGCGUGACGUCUUUGCUCCAACUUGA